GGUUCCUGGGUGUGGCGACAGUCUGUGAUAAGUACCUGUGCACAGUUCACAGAAGUAGCUGUGCAGAGUUGGGACAGUGGUAAUAUGAAACCAGUCCUGUGGGGUUUUGUUCGUGGCCCUGGAGGCUGAAAUCUGCAUUCCAGAUGAAACCUGCAGCAAAUCGGAAGAGAGCCUCCUUUUUUUUUUUUUUUUCUUUUUCUUUUUUCCUUCUUUCUUCGGCUUCAAGGGCACUCACUCGAGUUCACUUUGGCUGGCCGGGAACUGAGGACUCGUCACAGGCACCGAGCAGUGGCACUGGAAGCUUCAGAUUCGUCACUUCAGGUUUCCAUUUGACAUUUUUCUGUGAUUAUGGAUUUACAAAAGAAGUUCUUUAUCAAAGUGGAAAUACUGUGCAAAAAAAUCCAUCAGGAAUUUUCUGCUGAAAACCACUCACAGCUUGUGUACUGGGAUAAGGAAGUAGCAAAUUACAAAUGCAUCCAGUUCUGUUCGGGAGCCUUGUUUAUAAAGCUGCUCGGCACUUUUUAGCACGUAGGAAGUUGUGUGCAGCCAGUAGGAUCACAGCGUCCCAGCAGGAACCAUUGGUCGAAUUUUCAACCAAGAUUAGUGCGCUGGCGUAUUUACUGUGACAAAAAGUCCUUUGUGUACAGGAACAAGUUACCGACGCUGCUGAGAACUUUUUUUACGGUGGGUCUUUUUGCUGCUCCUGGAAUACAGUUUGGAUACCUGAGGGAUACUUUGGCUGCCAGCGGCAGGAGGGCAGGGUGGCCUGGGGGAGGCUGGCUGCCCUCGCAGGGCCGGGGAGUGCUGCCUCCUGCAGUGCCUGCAGUGAGUUCAGUCUGCUGUCUGAAGGUAUGUAUUAAAUACUUGUUUAGCAGUUAGUAGCACUGCUAGAAGCAAAUCUAUCCUCAGCUUUACACAACAUGGAGGAAGAAGAAAAUGCGUUGCCCGAUUCCGGUGAGCUUCCAGACCUGGAGAAUACAGCAGAAGGCAAACCUGAUAUUUUCACUACUUUUUCUGUGAAAACACUUUUUGGAUUUACAACUAAAUUUGAACCUACAGCUUCCAAAGAAGAAACAGUACUUAAAGCAUUUCAACCCUUGCACACCAAUAUAAAUACUCAUGCUGACACCUGGCAUGAGAGGAAUGAUAAUGAUUGUAAAGAAGACUCAAAAAAUCAGCCCGGCAUGAAUAGUACCAGUGGCCAAGCUGACCCAAUGUCUGGCAGGCAAACUGACCUGGAACUGGAUUUAGCUGAACAACAUGAAUUACUUUUUCACCAUUUAAGGUUUGUACAGACUUCUUUGUCUCAAUCUGACAAUGAUGACAAGGAUGCUAUUCUUGUACAAGGUACUUUGGUUUGUACAACAAGUGAUACAGAAUCGGACACAGAGAGUAAGGACCCAGACACCAAUGAAAACGAUACAAGCAACUCUGGGCUAAAUAAUGCUGCUUUGUCUGCUGAGGCUUUGGAUUAUAACAAUCAAAAUAAGGAAGAGUCAGAAUCAGAAGGGCACAGCAACAGUGAGGACACUGUGGAUACAGAUGACAUUCAGUUACACCCACCAGUUUCUAAGCAACUCUCUGAAGAGCUGGAUGGUGUUCUGGAGCAUGACUCCAGUGGAAAAGACAAAAUUUUAAUGGAUGAGCAGUUUAGUUGCUUACUUGCUGCAGGGGAUUGCCCUCAAGAACUUCCAGAAGAAGAACAAAGACCUUCAGCUGACAAUACAUCGCUCCAAAAACCAGCACUGGCUGAAAAGACUUUCCAGCUGCCUGCUUUCUUCAGUGGACUACGUGUGAGGAAAAAGGGACUAACCACAGAGGAUGGGGAAACUCUUACAGAAAUUAAACCAAGAGAGAAUGAUUUAGCUCUGCUUAAAUUACGACAGCCUGUUAAGAAAUCCAGUAUUACAUCAGGUUUGACCACUAAAAAAAAAACGGCUGAACCUAAAGCAAGUCCUACAUUCCUGGAACACCUCUCGCACUUGUUGAACAUAGAAGUCUCCAAGAAUGAAGAUAGAACGGAGGACUUUGCUGAGGGAUCUGGGGACAUCGAGAACAGUGAUGAAGCUCAAGAGUACAAAGCCUCUAGCAAAACAGAACCACAACUUCCCUCUGAGGAAAUAAAAUCAAGCCCUGCUGAAUCUGCACUGGACGUCUUUAAAGCUUUAUUCUCACGGCCUCCCAAAAAAGAAACAACUGCAGAUACUUCGGAAUUGGAAGCCAUAAAACGCAAAAUGAGAAAUGAAAAAGAGUCCUUGAAAGCUGUAUUUGAAAGGUCAAAAUCAAAACCUGGGGAUGGACCAUCAGACAAAUCUCCUGACCUGAGUCCCUCAGAGCAAGAUGACAAGACUCCAGGGAGACUCCAGACUGUCUGGCCGCCACCAAAAGCAACACACGAAGAAGUAAAAGUAGGAUUGAAGUACACAGAAGCAGAGUACCAAGCUGCAAUUUUGCAUUUGAAGAGAGAACACAAAGAAGAAAUUGAAACAUUAAAGUCUCAGUUUGAACUCAGGGUAUUCCAUAUUCGUGGAGAACAUGCUGUAUCAACUGCUCAGCUUGAGGAAAACAUUGCACAGCUGAAGAAUGAGCUUGAUAAUAAAUUAAACAGAAGAAGUGAAAAAGCAAAGGAUAUUGGUGUUUCUACUGAAGAUGACAACCCACCAAAGACAUACCGAAAUGUAUGUAUACAGACUGACAGAGAAACUUUCAUAAAGCCUAGUGAAGAAGAAAACAGAGCUGUGAAAAAUAACCAAAUAGUACCCAAAAAGCUCAAUAUUUCUUCUUUGUCACAUAGUAUUUCUGCCCAAAGUGAAAAUAAGGACAGUUACAAUGUACAGUCUUCAGAAAGUGUCUUACCUUGUCAACCAAAACAAAUGCUGCCUCCUCCUCCACCACCACCACCACCACCACUACCACCACCACCUCCUCCUCCUCCCCUUCCUGAUUCUUCACUACAAGGUUUAGUUCCUCCACCACCUCCUUUGCCAAUGGGUCCAACUUCAGUGACUUCUCAGUUUGGAUCUGGUCCACCACUGCCAUCUUCACUUUCUGAAGGCUGUAGGGAUUUUCAAGCACCACCACCACCUCCACCACCACCGCUUCCAGGGCUGGGACCUCCUGUUCCUCCUCCACUGCCUGGAUCUGGGUUACCUCCACCCCCUCCACCUCCUGGGCCUGGGUUCUUUUUUAAUAGCACUUUAUCUUCAAACCAAGGUCCUCGAAAACCUGCCAUUGAACCUAGCCGUCCCAUGAAGCCUUUGUAUUGGACACGGAUACAGUUACAAGGCAGCAGAAAAACUGCUAUGCCAAUGUUAUGGGAAUCACUAGAAGAACCUGAUAUACUUGAUACUACUGAGUUUGAAUAUUUAUUCUCCAAAGACACCACUCAGGAAAAAAGAAAACCAUUGUCAGAGACUUACGAAAAAAAAAACAAGGCUAAAAAGAUUAUCAAAUUGUUGGAUGGAAAACGGUCUCAAACUGUAGGAAUUUUAAUAUCCAGUUUGCAUCUGGAGAUGAAGGAUAUUCAACAAGCUAUACUGUGUGUUGAUGACUCUGUAGUAGAUCUGGAAACACUGGAAGCCCUAUAUGAAAAUAGAGCACAAAAGGAUGAACUGGAGAAAAUCAAGCAAUAUUAUCAGACUUCAAAAGAGGAGGAACUGAAGCUUCUGGAUAAACCAGAACAAUUUUUAUAUGAGUUAUCUCAGAUCCCCAACUUCACAGAACGAGCUCAGUGUAUUAUCUUCCAGUCAGUUUUCUCUGAAGGGAUAACAGCAGUACACCGGAAAGUUGAUAUCAUAACUCGUGUUUCCAAGGCUUUGCUGAACAUGACAAGUGUAAAGGAAAUUUUAGGUUUGAUUCUGGCUUUUGGAAAUUAUAUGAAUGGCGGAAAUAGGACCCGAGGUCAAGCUGAUGGAUUUGGUUUGGAAAUACUCCCCAAACUAAAGGAUGUCAAAAGCAGAGAUAAUGGUAUUAAUCUGGUGGAUUAUGUCGUCAUAUAUUACCUGCGCCAUUGUGAUAAGGAAGCAGGAACAGACAAGAGUAUUUUUCCUUUACCAGAACCACAGGACUUUUUCCAGGCCUCACAAGUUAAGUUUGAAGACCUAAUAAAAGAUUUAAGGAAACUGAAGAGAGAUCUAGAAGCCUCUGAAAAGCAGAUGAAGUUAGUUUGCAGAGAGUCUUCUGAGGAGCAUCUCCAGCCCUUCAAGGAGAAGUUAGAGGAAUUCUUCCAGAAAGCUAAAGAAGAACGUAACAAAGAAGAGAGCAGUUUGGAAAAUGCACAAAAAUGCUUUGAAGAAACAGUGGGAUACUUUGGGAUAAAGCCAAAGCCUGGAGAGAAGGAGAUCUCACCGAACUAUGUUUUCACGGUGUGGUACGAAUUCUGCAGUGACUUCAAGACCAUUUGGAAACGAGAGAGCAAAAGCAUUUCCAAGGAACGAAUUAAAGUGGCUCAACAAUCAGUAAGCAAGUUAACUGCAGAGAAGAAAGUUGAAACGAAGAAAAUCAAUCCUACAGCUAGCCUGAAAGAAAGAUUACGUCAAAAAGAAGCCAGCGUGACGGCCAACUGAAAGAAGAAAGAUAAAAAUGAUAGUGUACUUUAUACCUUGCAUGUUGCUUUACUACAUCCAUGGCCCAGGGAGCACCUUAUAUUAGAUACUGAAUUGUGCUUUUCUAAUCUGUUCCAAGACAAUCCACUAAAGACUUUUCAGUUCCUUCAGAGGAGUUUGUAUAUUCAGUGGAGGGAAUUCUAAGGUUUUUACAUGGGAACUAAAAAUUAUUUUCUGUAACUCUUCCUUACAUUGCUUAAAAUGCAUCUGGUUGUUAAUGCUUAUUUAAAGUACUCUGUGAAUAAUGCAUUCAUGUGGAAGAGCUAAAAUGAGCAUCAUGGAUGCUAAGUAAUGACUAACAACCUGUAGGUUAUUUGCAGGGCUUUGGGUAGAUGAAAGCAAAUAUGCCAUUCAGCUCACAAAAGACUAUUAUAUCAUCCUUUUUGUUACUUCAGCAGUAACUGAGGUAAAAUUGACUGAUUCUAAAUAAUUUCACAGUGUCUAAGUAUUGGAUGCAUCUUUCUAAAAUUGAUUAGAAGUAAUUAUAGAUUUAUGCUGUAUUUUACUAUAAAUAUUUUUAUAGAAGCUCAAGCUUAUGCCAUACUUUAAAAUGGAAGCAAUAUUUUGCACAUGAAAAGGAAUAGCUUCAAAUUAUUUAGUUUUAUGAUUGAUGGCAUGACUGAUUCAUUAUUUUUUAUGGUUUUAACCUGACAUUUCCUAAAUUUUGCGCUUCAAAAGAAAAAUGUAUGUUUUUAUUACAGUAUAUAUUGAAAAUAUCAGUUCCAUAAAAUGAUGGUUUUAUUAGUCAUUAUUCAUUAAACUGAAAUACAGUAUGUCUCCAUGAAGCUACACAUUUGCCAUUAAAUCUCUACCUUUCCCUUCUAUUGAAAGCUUUCUUUUAAACAGUGAAUAUCUCCCUCUAAAAUAUAUUAUGCAAUCUGCUUUUGUCCCCCUAUAUUUGUAUGAAGAAUGUGUCCAGCAUACAUACACACACACACAUAUAUAUAUAUAAUUUUAAAAGUAAAAUGAGGAAGAAAUAAGAGUCUCACUGUCCUCUUGUAACAUUAUAACCUUUGCACAUAAAGUAGCAUACCCUGAAAAAAAAAACUAAAGAAUAUCCACAGUUACUUGAGGAUCCUUGCUGUAUUUUAGGGAUUCGGACUCUUACACAGAGACGUUGAAUCAGUAGCUAAUUUAAAGUAAAACAGAAAAGUGAUUUUUCAAUACGAAUAGGUAAUGGCCUGUACAUAGGCACAACAAACUAGAGAAAACAUGAUUCUACUUGCCGUCCAUAAGAGAGACAUCCCCUUCUUUAUGUUAAUGGUGUUUGAAGUUGAUUUAGAAUGUAGGUAAAGCAAAAAGUACAAAAAGGUUAUGGGGGAAGGUAUUAGUCCUUAAGUUAAAGAUUUCAUAUAUUGCAGGUUUCUUAAAUGAGUACCUCUCUCAUUCCUGCAUAAAUAAAAAUAAGGGAAGCAAGAUUCCUUGUGUCUUUUGGAGUUUCUAGCUGCUGCAGAUAUCCCUUACACUCAAGAUUAUAAGCAUAAUUCUUAUGAAAGCAGACAACAAUAUAUCAGCAAAAGUAAUUUGAUUUGUAGUUUGACUAUUCCCAUUGCAGAGAAAUAAAUUCUAAAUAUUUAAGUUUUCCUUCUUCCACCAAAUAGGUAAAGUACAUUUGUUUCCAAUAUUAUUAGUGAUAAUAAUAAUAGGAGCAAUCAUGCUUAUGGAAGCCAAAGAACAACAAUAAGCAAGGCAAUUCUGAUGAGUGUUAAAGCAAACAAAUGUUGAGUUUGAUAUGGCUUUCCACCUAUCAUGAAGAUAGUGUAUAUUGCCAUUUGACUUGAUCGGGAAUUUUUCGAUGAAACGUUUUCCUUGAAAUAUUGAUCAACAAGAGUAGAACUCUUUGUGAAAAAAAGAUUGGUUUUGGAAAUUCUCGUUAGAAAUAUAUUAUGGAAAUAGUUUUUAAAUGAUUGAAGUAUCUUGUUUCAAAAUUUUUAAAUGUGAAGUUUUGUUUUUGACUUCAAAUUGACUUUUCAUUUUGAAAUGUUGAAAAGUGUAUGUAAAAAGGGAUUAAAAUUAUUGAUGUAAAGCAUUCCUUGAUCAGAUUUAUAAUUCCUUUUUCAGAUUAUAAUUUUGCCAAAGUGUUGAGAAUUUGGGCUACUUUUUCAGAAGAUUCAAAAAUGUAGCACAGAGACAUUGUUUCUUCCUCAUCUUCAAAUCUACUGAUUUUCCUUUCAAGAUAGACAUUAUGAUUCCAGCUUCACCCAUUACUUAAAUCCUCUACUGUUAGUUGAACUAUUUUUAAGUGAAGAAAAGAAUUCACCCAUACUCUUUUACUCAUUCUCUCAAGACUUUAAGACUCUCUGCUGGAAUUCAUCAGAUAAAUAUCACAUUUACACCCCUAGUGAUACCCAGAAAUGUCUUCAGACAGUGAUCGAAGUGACAAUGGUACACCUGCCGACCUUAACUGAAAUGUUGUAUUAGAGAAGAGAUAUUAACCGAUAAUAUAUUUCCAUGUAAGCUGUGUAAUUAUAAAAUAUGUAGAUACUAUAGAUAUAACAAGCAAGCAUCAACCAGCAUUCAUCUUGAGUCACCAAGUGGCACCAAAAGUUUUGGUUUAAGCUUGCAUUUAGCUUGGUACCUGACUUUACCAUGAGCUUUCUAGUCUGGGUGGAAUAAAAGGAGAGAAGGAGAAAAGAAAGAAAAUAAAAAGAUGGAAUGGAAGUCUCUGGUACAUGUCUACAUUGCUGUUAAUGAAGUAAAAGUAAAGAGUGGACUAAAUGAAGCCAAACAGCAAUAGCUAGACAGUUAGAAUUUUCUGGGAUAUGUAUUUUAAAAUAUGUCUACACUGCAUAGAAGUCACUCUGUGACUACAAAGUAGACGUGGCUUAAGAGAAUGUUUUCCUGUUUUCUGUUUUGUUUUCAACUCAUCUGUUAUUGCCAAGCUUCUCAAAGACUCUAAAGCAAAGCACUAUUAAACUCCAUAUUACUCAGUAGGUGCAUAUUACUCAGGAAAACUAUAUACUUUACUGAUUUACAAAUUGAAGUACUACGACGAAUUCAGUUUCAAUGAGUAAAUAUCAAUAAUUUGUGAAGUGCUCUUUACCUUAUUUACAUUAUCACUUACUGAUUUAAAAAUUAAAGACCUUUUAGCAUCUCUGAGAUAUUUUGACUAUAUAAGUUACAUUUUCACUAUGUUCUUAUUAAUCUGUGAAAACUGCCCAGGUGUUAUUCCAUGACUAACCCAUGUAAAUAUUUAAUCAUGUGCUUUAUUAUAGAGUUGUAACUGUCUAGAUUGAAUAGUAUUAUACUUUGCUAUAAUUUCUGUACAUACAGAAGAUUAAAGUAGAAUGGAUGGCAUAUUCAAAAAGCAGAGAGGAAAAUAAUUGAACAUCUCAAGAGAUUCUAGGAAGGAUAAAGUUUACAUAGGAUUUCAACCUUUCUGAAUUGCUGAGGAUAUCUGCUCCAACAAGAUAUAAACAGCCAGGGUAUCUCUGAGCAGUCAAUUUUUUUUCUACAUGAAAAAUGAAUAAAAUAUUUUGUUUUCCAUAUGAGGUACAGGGUUCUUAUUGCCCUGAUUUUCCAGUAAAUUGUUAGCAAUUUCUUUCUUAGAUCUAAACAUCUUUCCUAGCUGAAGAAUAUGAGGCAGUAGAAGACUCUGCAUUUACUCAUUUAAUGCUACUAUUUCUUCACUGUUUCAGGUCAAUAUCUUAAAAAUAGAUGCCUUAAUCUUGUGUGGGUGUGAAAUUUCAGAAACACCCAAGCAAGUUAGAACUAUUCACCUCAUUACAGCAUUUAUGUGCUUUUGAAAAUCCACCUUCUUAAUCUGUGUUUAGGCACCUGUGUAAACAUAUUUUCAGAAAAUCAUAUCCACCUAGUUUAUGCUCAUAUUUGGCCUUGUCUUGAUUUUGUUCAAUAUUGUUAUGGAUCUCACUCUUUCUUUGUCCCUCCCACCUCUCCCCACACUUUCUUUUUCUUUCUUUUCAUUUUUUUUUUUUUAAUACCUUUAGAAUUUAUUGAUGUUAGUUAGUGAAUUUCUGGAUUUGCAGUCUGGAGAGCUCUCUUUGGUAUUCUUCUUCUGAAGAUAAGCCUAUGUAUUUGCACAUAAAUGUAAAGAAAAUUAAAAAGCAAGUUAAGAGGUAAUGACUAUAGUCAAUAAGUUGCUUCACAGAGAGAAAAUACUAGGGACUAAAUGGUUCCUUGAGCCAGCAAAGAAGAAUAUAUUAAAAAAAAAAAAAAAAAAAAAAACAAAACACAAAAACAAGCAAACAAAAAAAAACCCAACCAAACAAAAAAACACUUAAAAUGAGAUAAAUUAAAAUUAGAAAUAAAUUCCAAACUAUUAGUAAUGAGACCAGUUAACCACUGGAAGAAGUUAGCAAAGAUAGUUGUGGUUCCUCCAUUUUCUGAUGCUUUCAAAACAGGAUGGAACAUCUUUCUGACAGGUUUAUGUAGUCUAAUACAACUUAUUGGACUCAGUUCAGAUGUACUUAAGUGGCAUCCCAUAUUCAUUGACUCAACAGUUCAAAUAGUUUCUUUAGACAGAAAAAUGUAAGAAUAAGUAUGUCAAAAGACCUAAUAAAGUUUUUUUGUCUCAGCUGUAAUGAAAUGUUCUUAUUCAAGCCAGAAGAGUUCUUUGUUGUGAUUUUAAAUUUAAAAUAUGACAGAUAGGGUGGUUUAGAACAACACAAUGCAGGAAAAACAUUGUCAAAUUACAAACAUUCAUAUUUCAAAUGAUUAAUUGAUUAAUAUCUGUCUGAUGCAUUUUGUGGUAUUUACAAAGUAGCAAAUUUGUAUCCUCAGGAAUUCAACACUGUUUUAGAGAUUCCCAAUCUAGGUCUGAGAAAACCGGCAUUUUGGAUUGUGCAAUGUGAAAUCCCAGAAUUACGGAAGCACUAGUUCCUUAGUAUUUGUCAAAGGUUUGAGGAUACGCAAGGGAGUUUACCUUGGGUGCAGCUAACAUGAUGCAAAAUUUAAGUAACGGUUACUCCUUUUAGUGAAUUAUCACAUUUGACUUGUUAAUAUCAUUAGCAAACAUUUUCACUGCUCAACAGGGUUUGAACCAUACCAAUUUUAUGCAAUUGUUUUGGAGAUCUAAAUUUUAAAAGUUGUGCAAGCAAAACUGGUAGAACUCUUCAAAAGUACUUGGUUUUCAAAGUUUUUAUCAAAAUGCCUGCAAGAACUUUUCUUCAUCUUUUUUUUUUUUUUUUCAUUUUUUUCAAUUAAGUAAUCUCUUAGAAACAUUACUGUUAAGAUGGAUGAUGGGGUUUUUUCCAACUUGUUUAAAAUAUGAUGCACCUAAACUCUGUAAUAUUUUCAGUAAAUUUGGCAAGCUUCAACUGGCUUUGAACAGUUUUUAUUUGAUACCUCAUUGAAUUCAAACUUUUAAAUUAGAGCCUCUUUGUAAAAUGUACGCACUGAGUAUAAGAGAAUAUUUGUUUUAAGAAGCAAUGAAAUAAAAAUGUCAAACAGAUAGCUGAUAACUGUACCACCUUCCUGGGAGGACAUUAUCAAGUAGCACAAGGUUUCCCAUAGUGUAGAACAGCAUUGUAUUUCCUGUGGCUGGUUUCUGCCAGAUGUCUUCUUAGAGUAAAUUAAAGGCAAUUAUUAUAUAUAUAUAUAUACAUAUAUAUAUAUAUUUCUGUUUAAUUUCAUUUCAUACUUUGUCACCUUAAUGUCAUCUUCAAGAAUCUAAUAUUGAGGUAACAUGAAGCCUUUCCAUAGAGGCUGAUAGUCUAAGUGCUUAUAUAUGCAAGUAGUUUUAUUUAUAUAUGUUUUCCUGUGGCCCACACAGUAAAUAAUAUCCAUAGAAGACAUUAUGGAACCAAAUAAAAUCUCUUUUAGAAUCCUGUUAUGAAAAUUAUCCUGAACUAUCCCAAUAUGAGACAAGGAUUUCUUUUCUGUGGUAGGAUCUGCUUCAAAAGGUUUUGGAGCUCUGAGAGCUUUUGAAGGAUGGAGGAUAAGCUCAAAGUCCUAAAGAGCACUAUCUGAGAUUCAUGUACUGUGUUGAUUCUGACACACAGCAUCCUUAUAGGUUAAGCUCAAGUGACUUCAGUGGCUUAAGCUCCUCCUCAAGAGGAGCUGUAAAGCCUGCUCACUGGUCAAUAGGAUUUCUUUAAUCUUUUUUUGAAUCUGAACAAGAUUGUAUUUGUCAAUCUGAAUUACAUAUUAGAAAAAUUUAAAUGGUACAUUUUCUCUGACUUCCCCCAGAGAAACCAAGCUUGUAGUUCCAUAUUUUUACUUUCUCAUUUGGCAUGCUCUAAAUGCAUUCCACUGUAGUUGGACAAAUGCUCAUCCUGGGCAACUAUCCACAGAUAAUAUGUUAUAGAAAACUGUGUGGAUGUCAAAUAAUAUAGCACUAUUUCCUACUGUUGGAGCAUCAAUAGUCAGCAAAUGAACUUAUAUAUUGUAUAUCACCUGAUGUGUAUUUCUUAGUUGUAAAGUAGUUUAAGGAAUGUAUUGCCAUUAGCAAUUAAUGACUAUAAACUGGAGAAAAGCCAUGUUCUUCUUAUAGUUCUUUUUUUUUUUUUUUCUCUUACUAUAAUGAAGUUUUGUGUUGUGGUUAUCUAUCUUCGAGAUUUUAGGGGGAAGGUACCAUUUUGUAAUGAAUCAAAAUAGAAAAAAGUCACAGUUCUGUUCUAUAUUAAAUCUGACAGGAAGGUGAAGGAACAAAGCUAUUUUCAUUCCGCAUAAAAAAAGUACUUUUUUUUCUGAUUCCUUUUCAUAUGGUUAUUCAUUUUGUGAUACAGUCUGGUGAAGGGCUGUAAAGAAAUUAGAAGGUUCAGCGGCGAAUCUCAUUCCUUCAAGAUUCUCUGCAAUGUUCAAAUUCAGCAAACUGGCAGGGGAAACUGCUCCUCAUCACCGUUUUUCUUCAGCAAUUUAUAGAAUUCCCCACUCUCCUCCUUUUAUUAAAAGUCACAUCCUUGCCAAACUGGUUGCUAAAGAUCCAAGAACAACUCAACUAUUGGGUGAGGAGAAGUUAAUUAACUUCCAAACCACGAUGAAGACUUACACAGCUUUACUGAGCACGAGUUCAACCCUCUUAAUUCACCUAAGUUGAACACAACUCAGUUUCAAGGAGUUAGGCAAUUGAUACAGCAUUUUCAUGGAUUUCUGUUACUUACCAUUUUACAUCAGGAAAGCCUGUCUCUGGGUAGGAGUAUAUAUAUAUAUAUAGAGAGAGAGAGAGAGAGAGAUGAGCCCUAUAAAUCUCACUAUUUGUUUCUAGCCAAUUUUCAUUUGAAGAUAUGCAUCCUCACAUAAGUUCCUGUUGAAGUGUUGGGUUUUGUUUGUUUUAAUUAAGAGAUUAUAUUAUCUCAGAAAAUCAAUCCAUCUUUGUCUUGGAACAGGGGCUUGAGUAAUAGUCAGAUGAAAUAGCCUGUGUACUGGCUCAGAAGGUCAGUUUGGUAACUACUGCAGGCUGAACAACACAGUUUCAUCUGCAUAUAUCUCAGUAUAGAGACACUCUUGAGAGAAUGUCAAGUUCAGAAAAGAUAUGUCAGAUGAAAUGCAUCCUUGUCACAUUGGUCUGGUUUUGAAGCAUCAAUGCUAACUUCUGCAAAGGACAAGAAGACUCAUGUUCCAUGUCAGAUGGGAUUGAAUACAGGCUUUUUACAGAGAAUUAGUAAAAGUACUCCUAAAAGGAGCUCUCAGCAAAGCCGUGAGUGCCCAGCUGAUGACUGGCAAUGUGUUGCCCAGGAGCGAAAGAAUUAGUUUUAUAGGUUUUUUUUAAAUCUAUAGUUAUUAUAAUGACACUUCAUUUUUGGGGGUAUAUCAGCCUCAAGAAGAAAAGCUGCCCCUCUCAUUGUACUGAGCCUUUAGUCUCUGCAGUACAAAUCUUAAAGCUUCACCAUGUUCAGAAGUUAUAGGAAGCAAAAAUGGAAAAAUAUUUUGAGAGGAAUCAGAGUUGGCCUCUGGAAAGUAGGAUUAUAGUAUGAUUUUCAACUUUCAUUUAGUUAUUUUGAAUAUUUCUUUGUUUUCUUUUCCAGUAAUUUUGAGUUGAAUAGUUGCACUGUUGAACAUUAUUGUUGUUGGUUCACUUCCCUCUCUCGCUAUUACCCAAAGCUCUCAAAAUACAGGCCUCUUUGGCUGGUUAACUUCUCUUUGAAGAUGUAGCAAAACAGCAAAUUCUCUCACAUUGCUAUUUAUAUUCUCUAUGUACCUAGCAAGUUUCACAGACAUAACAGGGUUUAAGUCUCUCAUGUCCAUAUGGGAUUUGCUUUAAUAAAAAUCUGGGUUGCUUGAAUGUUCACACAUGUACUCAGCAGCUAUAUAUUUGUUGUCAUUUGAAUUAAUCUCAACUUUGCAUUUUUCAUGCCACAGAAUGUACAGCAAAAAUAAUGGAAUAUUAGUAUAGUUUAGGUUUUUUGGUUUUCAGGAGUCAAACUCCUUUGGGUAAUUCUUGACUAAAUAUGUUAUAAUUGUCCAAAAAGAAUAAGCUAAAUAGAUUCAGGUGGUUUUUUUCCCUCCUUCUCAUUGUAAUUACGUGUGUGUGUGUGUUUCUACUAGGCAUCUGAAAGUUUAGUUUUCUCAAAAACAGUAUGUGCACAUGAUUAACUUUGUAAAAGUUACAGUAGUGGUAUGGAGUAUUUAUUUUUAAACUAAAUUCUUAAGGAACCAUUGACUGUAAAUAAAAGACUAUAUUUUCCUCCUCA